CUCAGCUGACACGAGAGGAGGAAUCAUCGCACAAGGAAUCAAGGGGAAACAGCCAUGGCGGCGGAGAUCCAUUCGAGGCCUCAGAGCUCCAGACCCGUCUUGCUGAACAAAAUCGAGGGCCACAGCGACGGCGUGAACGCUGCUGUGCUCAUCCCGAAGGAGGAUGGAGUCAUUACGGUCAGCGAGGACAGGACGAUUCGAGUUUGGCUGAAGCGGGACAGUGGACAGUACUGGCCCAGCAUCUACCACACUGUGUCCUCUCCAUGCUCCAGUGUGUCCUAUCACCAUGAGAGCAGGCGGAUCUUCAUAGGCCAGGACAAUGGAGCUAUUGUGGAGUUCCUCAUCUCAGAAGACUUCAACAAAAUGAACCAUGUCAAAACAUACCCAGCUCAUCAGAACCGUGUGUCGGAGCUCAUCUUCUCUCUGGAGAGUCAGUGGGUGAUCAGUACGGGUCAUGAUAAAAGCAUCAGCUGGAUGAGCACUCAGAGCGGCUCUAUGCUGGGACGCCACAGCUUCGGCUCAUGGGCUUCCUGUUUACAAUAUGACAACGAUACCCAGCAUGCCUUUGUGGGAGAUUAUUCAGGGCAGAUCACUCUACUGAAACUGGAUGAACAGACGUGUUCUGUCAUUACCACGCUAAAGGGACAUGAAGGUAGUGUUGGUGCGUUAUAUUGGGAUCCGGUUCAGAGGUGGCUGUUUUCCGGAGCGUCUGAUCACAGUGUGAUCAUGUGGGACAUUGGUGGCAGACAGGGACGCACUUUACUACUGCAGGGACACCAUGAGAAGGUCCAGGCUUUGCGGUAUCUGCCGCUGACCCAUCAGCUGGUGUCCUGCUCUGCUGAUGGAGGAAUAACAGUGUGGAACAUGGAGACAACACGAGAAGAGGCUCCUCAGUGGCAGGACAGCGAUUCCUGUCAGAAAUGUGGACAGCCGUUUUUUUGGAAUAUAAAGCAGAUGUGGGACACUAAGACCUUGGGGCUUAGACAGCAUCACUGCAGGAAGUGUGGUAAGGCGAUUUGUGGGAAGUGUAGUUCUAAACGCUCCACGUACCCCAUCAUGGGCUUUGAGUUCCAGGUGCGCAUGUGUGACGACUGCUACGACACAAUCAAAGAGGAAGAUCGGACUCCUCUGGCAACGUUUCAUGAAGGGAAACACAACAUCGCUUACAUGGACAUGGACCCGAGCCGAGGGCUGAUGGUCACGUGUGGGAGUGAUCGAGUUGUUAAGAUCUGGGACAUGACGCAGGUGGUGGGCAGCAGUGUAGCGGCUGGAUUCUCUCCUCGCUGAUUGGCUGUUUCUGAAGGCACCGCCCACACUCCGCUAACAGAUAUCAUGAAAACGCUCACCUACCUGUCUAACUCUCUCGUCCUUCAGCUGUGGAGUCUGCGCAAAACGGACACUUCAACACGGUCUAUGUGAAUAUGUGUGUCGUUGGGAUGCUCCUUGAUUUUAUGAACCAGGCGUUCAUGUCUCUUAUGAGGUGUGAUGACCUGGAUCUGAGUGAACAUGAACUCAAGGUACUUCUGAAAGCACAAUAUUUGCGCUCUUUCUGUGUGUGUGCGCGUGGCUUUGUCACAGGCUGAAGGUUUCUGGUAUUUUGUACUUAUCGUUUUCCCUCUAUCCAGAAGUACCACUCAAACACAGGAAGUAUUUCUUCAUCACAUCCUGUUUCUUCUUCAUCCAUCUUUCUUGGUUAUCUUUUCUCCCGUUUUUAAAUUUGAAUGUUACUACUGGUCAUAGUAACCAGCACUCCAGUGUUACCAUGGAGAUUAGUGUUCCAUAGUAACCAUGGAACAUUCCAAUACUAACUUGUCACUGCAAACCUGAUAUUAAAGUAAAGGUAGAGUUUAAACUGAGAGACAGAUGGGUUCAAGUCAGGUAGGUGAGGAUUAUUAAAUGUAGCAUAAAAUCCAUGGAGCAUUUUAUGAUUAAACACAUUAAGUUAGUACAGUAGUGUUCAACUGUAAAACACUAUUUAUAGCACUAAUCAUCCUUCUCUGUAAUUUAGGGAUAAAUUAAAAAAUGGUUGCUUGUUUCUGUCGUGGGAUAAAAAAAGAAAUUAAAAAGUAAUCACAACUUUUUAUCUUACAAUUUUGCUUUUUUCUUGCAGUUGUGAGUUUAUAUCUCACAAUUCUGACCUUUUUCUUCUCAGAUUUUUACGUUUACGUUUCAGAAUUCUCUUCUUUUUUUUUUUUUUUAUCUCCCCCAAAAUUAAAAAAUUGCACAAAUCUGGCUUUUUUUCUUGCAAUUGCGAGUUUAUAUCUUACAAUUUUGACUUUUUUUUUUGCCUCAGAUUUGAGUUUACAUCUCGGAAUUCAGUUUUUUUCUGCCCCAAAUAAUGAAAUGAUUAAUUAUUAUAACGUUUUAUCUCACAAUUCUGCCUUUUUUCUUACAAUCUCAAGUUUAUAUCUCAGAAAUCUAAGGGGAAAAAAAGUCAGAAUUUUGCGAUUGCAAGUAAAAAGGAGGAAUUGUAAGAUAAUAUAUUUUUUUAUCAUUAUUAUUAUUUUGGGGCAAAAAAAAAAAAAAAAAAUGAAAUCCAAGAUGUAAACUUAGAAAUCUGAGGAAAAAAAGUCAGAAUAUUAUGUUAUGUUUAGGAAUUCAGGUUUUUUUUCUGCUCCUCAAAAAUCAUUAUUAUAUAUAUAUAUAUAUAUUUAUAUAUCACAAUUCUGACUUUGUUUCCCUCAGAUUUUUAGGUUUCAUCUUGGAAUUCAGUUUUUCAGUUUUUUUCUUCCCCAAAAUAAAAAAAAAAUCAUUAUUAUACCAUUUUAUCUCACAAUUCUGCCUUGUCUCACAAUUCUGCUAUGUCUUACAAUUCUGACUUUUUUUCCCUCAGAUUUCUGAGUUCACAUUUACCAAUUUAGCUUUUUUUUUAUACCCCAAAAUAAAAAAAAAUAAUUAUAACUUUUUUUUUCUCUGAAUUUCGCCUUUUUUCUUGCAAUUGCGAGUUUGUUACAAUUCUGACUUUUUUUCCCCCUCAGAUUCAGUUUUUUUUCUGACCCAAUUAAAAAAAACAUUAUAUCUCACAAUUCAGAUUUUUUCCCCACAAUUGUAAGUUAUAAACUUUUAUAACUUUUAUGACUUUUAUCCCAGAAUUGUUUACAUCUCACAAUUCUGUUUUUUUUUCCCCCGCCAUGGAAUAAAAAUGGCAAUUACGACUUUUUAUCUCACAAUUCUGACUUUUCCCUCAGAAUUGCAAGAAAAAAGUCAGAAUUGUGAGAUAUAAAUUCUGAAUUGUGAGGGGAAAAGUCCAAAUUGAGAAAUAUAAACACAGAAUUGAGAUAAAACAUCGCUAUUACCUUUUUUUUUUAUCCCGCAGUUGAAACAAACUUUAAUAUUAAAGUGAUGUUUAUUCCCCAAAUUGUCAGCAUUUACAACAUUUACUCAUGUCUUUCCCAAGCUAUAUCAAUUUCUUUCCUCUGUGGAACAGAAAAUGAGAUGUUUAGCAGGCUUUGCACUAUAUUACAACUCUUCUAAAUCCAUAUAAUAGCUUCAAAAACCAAAAAUGAAUAAUAAAAGUAGUCUAUUAGACCUAUGCGUGAUAUUAAUAAUGCUAUAUUCCAACACAAUUAAGUUGUUUCGUAUAAUAUAACUCGCCAGUUUGCAGUUGUUUACGCGACAAACGUUGAUGUUAUUCACUGAGGUCAAACCUUAGUCAAGCUAGUGCCAUAUUUAAUUUGAAUUUUUAACAGGAAUGAAACAACAUACCAACUGUUCAGCUGAAGAAAGGUUUUUGAAGAAAGGAAAAAAAAAACUUUCUGAAGAGAAAACUCUAUAAAGUUGUGAAAAUUACGAUUUAGUGGGUAAGUCUAUCCAUCACAGCCUUGUGGCGCCAAUAUGGCGGUAUAUGCAAAUGAGAUUCGAGAGAUGCGUUGGAUGGCGUGAGUUUUAGCAUUUCGGUUUGUUCCUGACACAAAGCUAUGGUAUGGCUUAACAAGACUUAUAUAGUAACUUUAUAUGUUCAACAGGUUGGCACGACGUGAGUAAAUGAUGACAGAAUUGUCGUUUUGGGUGCACUGCUUCUUUAAAUGGUUAUAUUUCUUUCAAAAAGGCUGAUUCAAGCUGUGGCGCGUAAAGCUGAAGCUAGAAGUUUUAAACUGACGCACAGCUCACAACUAACGUCACAUUGGCCAAUGAGAAGAGAGAAUUCUAACCUGUUUACAAACGUUAUAACUGACCAGCGCUGUUUAUGUUUUACUUCAGUACUUUGUUUUCUCUCGGCCGUUCUCCCUCGUUCAUUGUCUCUCUGUUCCUUGCACUGAAUUGCACAGUCUGUGUGUGUUCAUGAUCUGACGGUACAAACGGCGUCUAUGCGAGUGUUUGCAUUAAGUGGCUGAUUUGUGCCUGUGUAAAGCGCUUGCUAGUUUUGAUAUGCGUCUCAUUCCGCGCUUUGUAAAUAAUGUCAUUCCCCAUUCAUAAUUUCUUUUUAGCUGAUUUGCCUCAUUUAAUGUAAAAAUCAAACAGGAUGUGAAUGUAAAAGCUGUUGAAUGCGGUGAUGUCACGGAAAGCAGGUUUUGUAUGACAUCGUUGUGUCACUGAAUUGGAAAGAUGCUGACGACGAUUGUAAUUUCUCAUCAGGGAACUGAGGGAGUUUUUUUCUUUCCCUUGUAAAUUCAUUUUCCUCCAUUUACCAUAAAGAGUUGCUGCAAGUCAAGGUUAAAUCCCGCGAAAAGUGUCAAGAAUAUGUCGUCUGUUCAUCCCGGAAAGAUUCAGUGUCAUUUUUGCUUGGAGUUAUUCCUCUUAUGUGUCUUUAACAUCUAUUUUACUGAAUCUGGCACUUCAGGGAGUCACACCGGUUCAUUUUUAACCACCAUUUCUUUAUCUUCAGACGUUGAAAACAUUGUAAAGUUCAACACGCUUCUGAUGAUCAAACUCUAAAACUGUACAUAACUCUAAAUGACUUUGAGAUCUGUUUUUCUAUGUGCUCUUUUGUAAAACUUACUUUACUUCAGUAGUUCAGUAAUGAAGUAUUAUUCUCUCUAUAUAUACAAAGUUGAGCUCAAACAUCUGUAUUUUUCAUACAAGAAUCUUCUGCCGCUAAUAUGAAAACUGACGUAAGUCUUAAUGCUGACUGGUAGUUUCAGCCCAGAGGUUGAACGAAAUAUUACAAUAAAGAUCUAAGCAGUAUCUCAUGGAA